CUACAAACCUAUAUCCAAUCAUGUUUAAAACUGAAUGCGUUGAUAUCAAAACGGAACCACUUGAUAAUGAAAGCGAUGAUGUGUUGUAUGAAAGUUGUAGUUCGCAUUUGAACAACAAUACAGAAUAUCGGGAAGUAGUGGAAUUCCAGCAUAUCAAAACUGAAAAUUACUUCUACCCGGAAAGUCAAGCUAAUUUACUGUUACAAAGUGACAAUUUGUGCAAUAAGACAAACUAUGGCAACAUUGGCGGUUUAUAUCCGACGGCAAUGGAAACUGACUUCUCGUACAACUACGACAACGGACAAGACGACGACGAUUCCAGCAACAAGAGUCUUGACUUGCACGUGUGCCAGUAUAACUGCGAAAAGUCUCUGCUGGGUAGAUUCAAACUACCCACGUUCGACGGCGGUUGCAGUACAAGGCGAAGACAGUGUUUCAACGUCAAGACGUCUCCGAAACUCUACAAGUGCCAACUUUGCAUCAGGGAGUUUCAUCAAAUGGCCAAUCUCAGCGGCCAUUUGGAGUACACGCACGGCGUCAAAGCCUACUCUAAGUGCAACGGAUGUUUCGGCGUGUUCGACUUGAAAAUCACCACGGGACAAUGUUCCCCGAGGAUAAUGUGCAAUCGCUGCGAAAAAAAACUCCGGAAUCCCGAAUCGUCCAGGACGACUAGAGUCGGCAAUAAACAUCGGUGCAACGUGUGUUCGAAACUAUUGUGUUCGCCCUAUGUACUCGCCGAACACAUGCGAUUACAUACGGGAGAAAAACCGUAUAAGUGUAAACUAUGUCCAAAGCAGUACACUAAAUCGUCGACGCUGACCAAUCAUUUGAAAAUAGUACACCGUUUAAUCAAACGGAAUGUAGUCCAGUAUCAUCCGACUUGCCAAGAGAAAAUCUGAUGUUCAAAAUGCCCGUGUUUUAUAAUAUGGCUGUGUUUAUGUAUUUUUUUUUCAAUCCUUAUUUCAUUCCUUUUGUUGU